AUGUACUUCCUGCGGCAGCUCAGGAAAGCCAAGCUGCCUGCACAGAUGUUGGUGCAGUUCUACACGGCCAUCAUCGAGUCCAUCCUCACCUCCUCCGUCACCGUGUGGUUCGCUGGAGCCACAGUCAGGGACAAACAGAGACUACAGCGCAUUGUGCGCUCUGCAGAGGAAGUGAUCGGCCGCAGCCUUCCAUCGCUGCAGGACCUGCACUUCACAAACACAAACUUCAUCUCCCUGCGACUGCGUUGGUACCAAUCCACUCCCAUCCCCACGGACACCCACGGAGACCCCCGCAGACCCCCCGGAGACCAUACGGAGAAGGCUUUUCUUUUCUCUGGAGUUGGGCUGAACGCACAGAUGAAGGAACUGGUCAUAGGAGGCGCGUCAGCCCGGAUCACGAACUGA